UCUCAAAUCACUAUCGGUAAUCAUCGCUGUCGAUGAAUCAGAUUCAGUGUUUUUUAUUUUCGCAAAGAUGCUGAAAUACUGGUGGAUGACGAGCAACGAAACCGGACGCAACAGCAGCGGCGACGUAGUAACCGAGAAGAUGCUGCAGGAUCCGGGAUCAGUGAUCCUCUUCGUUGACUAUCCACGGUGGUUGCUGUGCUUCGCCGCCGCCUGCUGCAUCCUCUUCAUGCUGAUCGGCAUUCCGGGAAAUCUCAUUACGGUGAUCGCAUUAUUUCGCACUAAAAAGCUUAAAAACGCUACCGCGGUCUUCAUUAUGAAUCUCUCGGUAUCAGACUUGAUGUUUUGCUGUUUCAAUCUACCACUCGCAACUUCAACGUUCUGGCAUAGGUCGUGGCUGCACGGACCACUUCUGUGUCGGCUGUUUCCGCUCUUGAGGUACGGCCUCGUUGCAGUCAGCCUCUUCAGCGUUCUCGCGAUCACAAUCAAUCGCUAUGUCAUGAUCGGUCAUCCCGGUCUUUAUCCUACGUUGUAUAAAACGAAGUUCCUAGUACCGAUGAUUUUGGCAAUAUGGAUUAUUGCUUUUGGCUUGCUGAUCGUCACGUGGUUCGAACGAUUCGGACGUUUUGGAUUGGAUCCUGCUAUUGGAUCCUGUACGAUUCUACCGGACAUAAACGGACGGAGUCCAAAAGAGUUCCUUUUCGUUCUCGCAUUUUUAAUACCCUGCCUCGCUAUUAUCGUUUGCUAUGCUAGGAUUUUCUACAUUGUUCGCGAAACUGCUUCGAAGAGCAGAGGCAGAGUGAAGAUUUUCAACGUAGAACCGACGGAAACUAGCCAUGACCAAUCAUCUGCUACGAAAAACCAUGAGCAAGAGCUCUCUGUCCUCUAUGUUCCUUUCUCAUCGAUGCAAGCGGUUCUUUUUAACCCAAACGAAGGAAAGAAUCUCGAACUACCAUCCACAUCCGCCAAUGAAGACUCAUCAUCGUCUAAACAGCUGAUCCACGAACAAAAAACGAAUGAUCAAAUCACAAAUAUUGCGCAGUCCAACGGUUCUGAAACCAGCCUAUCGGAGAAUGUACCAUUCAUGGAUGAACGUGCAAUCGAAAAAUCGGACUUCACAGAAACGAGACUGUUUUUUAAUCGGAACCAGUGCGAGCUGCAACAGAAAUCGACGGGAAACCCUUACGGUCGGCUGGGGAGGUUGACUGGUCGAGCAUCAUUCAUGGUGGAAUCUUCGCUGCAAAAGAUCGCCGGUGGCGAACGCUUAGACCAAUUAGAUUCGAGACCUCUCGAAAUUAGCGAGUCCUGUGCAAAAAAGGGAUUUCGUAGACAGUCGAAGUUUAUGACUGUUGGCAGAAUGUGUAACGAGUACGCUACACCCAGGAUGUCCGUCAAAGAUCGGAAGCUGUUGCAGAUGAUCCUCGUGAUAUUCGUGUCAUUUCUAGUAUGCUACCUGCCAAUUACCGUCACGAAGCUUCUCCAGGACGCGGUCUUCCAGGACUGGUGGGGCCUCAACAUCGCCGGCUACAUACUCAUCUAUCUCACGACCUGUAUCAAUCCUGUUAUCUACGUUGUGAUGAGUUCCGAGUACAGGAGUGCGUAUAGACAGGUGUUGCUAUGUAAAAGAUGA